GUGCAGUUCCCCACCAUAUAUCAGGAACCUAAUCUAGAUAUGUUAUGAUAGUCUUGUUAAUAAGGAUUUUGAUUGCCGACAAACAUUUUACUACUUGUAAAUUAGGAAUUUCCAAUUGAGAGAAUAGUAUUAUCUUUAAAUUCAACUUACCUCUUCCGUCUCCUAAAAAAACGACCAGAUUGCCAUCCAAAUUGGAAGAUAUAUUGUGACAAUGAUGAGUACUGGAGUUAUACUAGGAGUUGGAUUUCAGUUGUCAGGCGGAGACAACCAGUUGAAUACCUUAAUCUGGUAUAGCUGGCUUGGAGGGAUUAUUAUUGGGACUAUGAUAGGUGCUAACAUGGUUUUAGAGGAACACUGCCGUGCCGGUCCGCGUAACGUUGUCGUAACCGGAAGUACUAGGGGACUUGGCAAAGCACUUGCUCGUGAAUUUCUUCUCUCUGGAGAUCGCGUGGUUGUUGCUUCUCGCAG